AUGGCGACUCAGUCUGCCGUUGAAAUCGACUUCUCGUUGCCAAUUUCGACUCUGCUGCGCAUUAGCACCGCAGCGGCGCACGAUGCAGUCGAGAAGAGUCGUGGCGCGUCGUGGCUUGCUCGGGGUGAGCUAGACAGGGAGGAGUAUGUCCGGUUCAUGAUGAUGCUGUGGCACGUGUAUGACGCGCUCGAGCAGGGGCUCGAGCAGCAUGCCACGCAUCCAGUGUUGUCGAUCGUACACAAUCCUGUUCUGCUCGCUCGGGUACCAAGUCUUUCCGCAGACAUAAGCCACUUUCUCCGGACGACCGAUUGGAAGCCACAUCCUAUACAUGCCGCACUGAUGGACGACCCUCCGGCUGCACUCACCGACUAUGUCUCGCAGAUACAGUCUAUCGCGCGGUCUGGCGACCCUGCGCCUCUGCUGGCGCAUGCAUAUGUGCGGUACCUCGGCGAUCUCAGUGGUGGCCAGAUCAUCAGGAACAGGAUCGUCAAGGCGUACGACUUAACUGACGGAGCAGGUGUCUCGUUCUUCGAGUUCAAGCAGCUCGAUGGCAUGGAGCGCGCGAACAUGGGUGACAUGAAGAAGAUAAAGGAGUGGUAUCGGCGUCAGAUGGAUAAGUCGGUCGGCGACAACCGAGAGCUUAAAGCGGCUCUUAUCGAGGAGGCGAACAAAGUGUACCUGCUGAACGCUGGCCUAUUCUCGUGCCUCAACAUGCCAUCUACACUGAAGUCUACCGAGCCCGCUCGUCCUCCACUAGGCGAACCUAUGACUCCCGUCGCCGAAGAACACUCCGAGCCAUCCAAGGUGAUAUUCGAGGAGACGAAGCAGCCGGAAAAGACGUAUUCGCUGUCGUCUGUCAUCGCAGUCAUCGCGGCGAUGUCCCUUGCGCAUCUAAUCCUCGUAGUGGGCGGGUUCACUGGGGAGAGGGGAUACGCGAAGCUGGAGAUGCUGAGAGAUUGGCUGACUGGUCGGUGA